AUGCAGGCGACCGCUGCAGUUUCUUUCUUUCCUUCUCUUCCUCAUCCGCCAGCUGCGGACCAUGACAUCAAACGACGUUACUUGGCUCUCCUACCUCCCCAGCAAAUAAUCGAAAUAUGUUUAACCCUUGAAUUCCACGUCCCUCUCUAUGUCAAGAGCUCAGUAUGGCCGGCUGACAUUAAUGCUGCUAUUGCAACGAUAGAAGGUCGACCGUCAUCAAAUGGGACACCUGAGAGCGACGCAAAGAAAGAUGAUCCACCACUGAUGGACUCUUUAGUGCCUACAGAAGAUGAAGAAUUACCAGAGAAAGAGCAGCAAGAACCCGAAGAAAAGUCAGAAGAUGAAUCUCCUUCUACAGAGGAAUCAAAACCGCCCGAAAAGCAAGGAUCGCCGACACCGGUACCGGUAUCAAAACCGGCAACGACAACGACAGCAGUAACGUCGGCAGUGUCGCCAAGCCCCAAACCGGCUGCAACAGUCGUGCCAACACCGACAGUACGACCAACAGCAUAUCCGCAUCAACCGUAUGGUUAUCACGCCUACCCUCACGCGUCUUACUACCCACAACACGCUUGGCCAUAUCCUCAUCUUCCCUAUCCUCCGCCGCCACCUGCACAGGUACCCAGUCCUUACCAUCCACCCCCAGUGGCCGCUGCAUUCUCCCAUACAUCAUACCAAAAUACCCCCCCACCACCGUCGUCCGAACCCACCCAGCCAACAUCGGAAGAUAAUCUUCCAAGUUACGAGGACAUGAUUGUGGAAGCUCUCGUUGAUGCAAACGAUCCUGACGGUAUUGCCCCAAAGGACGUGUAUGCAUGGAUGGCUGCACAUUAUCCGGUCCAGGCCAACUUUCGACCUUCCGCAAGCCAGGCGUUGCAGAAAGCCUAUCGAAGGGGUAGGUUUGAGAAAAGCAGCAGCGGAAAGUACCGACUCAAUCCUGAGUACAAGGGCAAUAAUACCAUUUCUCGUCGUCCUACGCGUCGUCCGCAAACAGUCAACAGCGCUCCUGCUGCAAAUUCCUCAAGUCAACCGCGUUCAUCACCAUUCACUCAUGCACCUCUUAUUAAAAAUGGUACAAAAGGUGCCGCCAUACCACAGCGAACGCCGUACCCGGCAGGAUAUCCUGCGCCGUUCACUCCGCCUGUGGCCAAUGGUGUCGCAGCAGCAUCGACCGUGGAUGCUUCAGCAGGAGACAUCGGCGAUGCCUAUGCAGCCGCGCAGCAUAUCCUCAAAACGAUUAACUUUGGUGAAGGCUUAUUAACUCUAUCAAAGAAGUCACAAGAUACUACAACGCCAGUCACAUCGGCAGCUGCGCCUGCAGAUCAAGCGAUGACAAUAAAUGACGAAGACGAUGAUGACAGGGAGUGGGAAGCAGGUAUUCGUGCUCAGUUACAGGCACAGUUAGCCUUAUUGGCCGCUCAACUCGCGGAGUACACACAAGAAUCACAUCAGGGUGAUAGUGGCGUGGAUACAGGCCAGCAUCUUCCCCCGCCAUCGGACACUGCCAUGCCUGUGGACGAUGACGAGGACGAUGAUGAUGAGGACAUGGAUGAGGUUAUAAUUCCGUAAUAUUAUUCGCGCACCACUUUUUUAUCUACUGAGUCACUGUAUCGAUUAGAUCAAUCCCGGCGUUUUUUGCAUAACGUGUGAUCCAUCUUGACACUCCACCGCAACCUUGUCAACUUCGCCAUGACCGCAGAGUCGACACAAUCAGCUAAUGCCGAGUUUGCGGCCUUCCACAAACGACUCAAAGAGUGUGAAGAUUUGCUCUCGGGACAUAUACAACAAUGCAAAGACCAUGCAAAGUUUAUGGAUUCCCGUAAGGAAGAAAGUAGUCAGCACGCCAAAGAUAGAGAUGAGAAGGCGAAGGAAUUGAAAGAAACUUUGGUCACCGUUUCGAGGCUCGUCGGGGAGGUCCGAGACGAACGUAGAAAUCAAGAGGUUCUACGUGUGUAUUCUUUUUCUUUCUUUCUACCACACAUAGCACCCGUGUUGACGUGU